AUGGCUGCAAGUAAUACUUAUUCUGCAAAACCAUUGGUAGUAUCAAUAAAUAAUGAUUCAAACAAUAAUGCAAAUAAAAUAACAAAUGUUGACGAUGAUUUUGAUUGUAUCAGAAUCGAAAUUUCGGAUCUUGAUAAUAAUUGUUCAAAUUCAACAACAUUAAGUUUAAUGAGAUGUAAAACACAAAUACUUCAUCCAUUUCGAAAUUUACUUUGUUUAAUUGGUUGGAGACCAUUUGGUGCUGAUAGUUUGCGACGUUCAUCAAUUUUCAUUCGUAUUAUUAAUAUUAUUUAUCCAAUUCUUAUAUUACUAUUACUUCUAUUUAAUUAUACCUAUGAGAUUAUUAUUUGUCAAGGAAGACUUAAUGUUAAAACAGAUACACAAACAACAACAACAACAACAACGACGACGACAACAAGCAUUCUAACAACAAGUUCAAUUAAAAAUCAAUCAGAAGGAACUUGGGCAACAUUACACACUGGAAUAACUAUACCACAUACAACAAAUGCAAAUAUGACUUCAAUACACAACCAUAAUGAAUGUGGUCAUAUAUUUACUACUUAUAUAUUACCUGAUAUAUUGCAUUUUGUUGCUUUUAUUAUUGGUUUUAUUCAUUUUCGUGUUACUGAAGGUGAAGCUAUGUAUUCUCUAAUGGAAAAAGUUUUUAUUUAUGCUGAUGAAAAUGUACGUCUAUCUGGUACAAAUCGAGUUAUUCGACGAUUAAAAUUAUUUUUAUUAAUUGGAUGUAUAUGGGUGAU